AGCUUCCAUUACCUCACACAAUAUUCAUAAGUAGAAAGGAGUGUGUUACGGAAAUAUAGAUGUUCAAACUUUUUUUUCGAAGCAAGUAAAUGGACCAUAGGCAGUAUAUCAUCUCAUGGCCAAAGAUAAAUCUUUGAAAUCAGGAUCAAAUCAUCCUAAGAGGAAAGAGUUGGGUUCAAAUGCUAGCGACGUUCAGGCAGAAAAAAUCAUGGAGGCUGAAAUAAAAAAGAAGAGGAAAAAGAUGGCAAUAGAGGAGGAUCCAGUACAGACUCCUCACGUAACAAUCACAGCAGAUGAUAAAAAACAGAAAAAGGACACGAAAUGCAAAAAGAAGGGAGUGAAAGAGCAAACACAGACAAAGCAAACUGAGAUUUCAGAUCCACCCAGUCUUCCUGAGGGAACACACAAACCGGAGACAGAGGAGGAGGACUUGAGUCCCGAGGAGAAGCGGGUCCUGGAGCGGAAGAUGAAGAAGAUCCUGAAAAAGGAAGAGAAGAAGAGGCUUAAAGCUGAGGGAGAGACCUUACAGAAAUCUGAAGCAUCUGGACCCACCGCACCUCAGCAGGCAUUAGAUUACCUCACCUGCUGGGCUGAAAACCGCACAGAGUGGAGGUUCCAGAAAACCAGGCAGACAUGGUUACUGCAACACAUGUUCAACUCUGAAAAGAUUCCAGAUGAUAAAUUCUCUGUGCUGCUCCUGUACCUGGAGGGGCUUCGUGGAGGGGCGAGGGACACGACAGUGCAGAAAGCCGUAGCCCUGGUUGAAGAGUCAGGACAAGCACCAGAGGACAUGGUUGUCCAGCAGAGGGCGCACAGAGCCAGAGAAGUUAUCCAGCUGCUUUCCUGACCUACCACUGCUGCAGGAAGGCAUCACAGUCACCAGAGAAAAAGACUGAACUCUGUUGAUCUGGACUGAAUGAUUGCUCUGAUCUCAGGCUCGAACUGAAACCGUUGCUUUAUAUGUAGUAUUGUAUAAUGGUCCUUUGGGGAAAGGAAAAGUUUUGAUCAAAUCUCAAAUGUAUUAAUCUCAAGGUUAUUUUAAUAACAAACUAUACUUAGGGUACAGUAGUACCCGGGGGGACAGUAGUUGAUUUUUUUUUUUUUUUUUUACUACCCCUAAUGUUAAGAAUUCAGAGGAUAACAUCCAGUUUCACCAGUAUGGACAAAUGAGGUGAGAUGUGAGCUCCCACAGGUGAAACAGAAAGCUGAGAGACCUCUGGAGUUAAGUCUCAGGAAUGUUUUGUAGUCAAGACGUGUCCGUGCUUGUCAAGGCCCAUAAUCAGUGAAGUCACUGAUGAGAAAUAACUUUUCAUGCCCGCUCUAUGUAUAAUCAUGAUGAGCACGUUUUUGUUUUGACGUAUCCUCUGUCACAAAAACAUAAUCCAGACCAGUGGUUCGUGUUCGAUAUAUGUGCAUUGGAGAUUACCUCUAAACCCUUUUCUUAAAUUAAACCUUACACAUCAAGUAUGUGCUGUGAUUGUAAUGUAAUCUAAUAAAUUUAUCUAAUUUUACAUGGUAUCUAUAUAACCAAGAUGCGAUUAUGUCAACUAUUGACAUCUCCGCUAUGCCUAAAACAGGCAUAGGUAUGAGCAGCUGCCAGUUCUUGCUAUAGUACCAGGGAGAAUCUAGGCUACCUGCACAAAGGCAUGUUUUGAGUUUUAAUUCAGGUUGCAAACGUGUCACAGGAAGAAAACUAAGUCCCUAUAUGUAGCUAAAAGGAGGUGACCUGACCUCACUUCCUGAAUUUAUAAAAAUGCUCCAAAUACAGUGCACUUGACAUUUAAAUAUUUUUGGGCCACUUUUGCCUUUUGGUUUAGAACACAUACACAUGAAAAAUACCAGUUAUUUGAAUCCAGUAUACUUUGUAUAUAUACCCAUGUAGAUAAUUUGCUGGAUAUUUUCUGAUAGUGUACCUGGCACAAGUGAUCCAGACUUACACUUAAAUAUAGUCUGAGUAUACAUCUUCACCUGUAACAGUUUUUAAGGGCUCGCAUUUUUCUUGUAAAAAGUUUGUAAACCUGCUGAAGACUCAAAUGCUAC